CCGUCUCCUCCCUGCUUCCCAUUUCCACCCAACGCGAGCCAAAAGCCUCGCUGCCCCCACGCCGCCCCUCCUCGCCCCGGAGGCGACCCCCGGCGUUCCCCGCUGCAACCGGCAGCCGUGCCGCGGUUCUGAUCUCCCGCCGCCUCCGCCCCGUGCCUGUCCCGGCCUCGGGCGCCACUGCCGCUCCCGCGGACGGCCCGGACCGCACCGCCCCUCGGCGACUUCUGAUCCAGCCGCGUCGCGCGACAGCUCGCCGGGCUAGUCCGAUCCCCGCGGCCGCCGCGGGACGAGGCGUCUCCGCUCCCCGAGGGGAUUCGGGGAUUUUGAGGCUGAUACGACGGGAUCCUGGUGAUAAUGAGGGGCUACGAAUACGAGACCAAUGGUUACCAUCGAGCAGUGGAGGAUGAAUAUGAAGAUGAGUAUUAUGAUCAAGAUGAGUACGAGGAGGAUGGUUCAGGUGUUGGGGAUGAGUAUGUUGAGGAGGAAGAACCUCUAGAGGGACAGAAGGAGAUCCUUGAGUUGAGAGAACGGCUAAAGGAGCAGAUAAGAAGAAAGGCAAAGGCUGCUGCGGCCACCGCAGCUGGCCGUUCUUCUUCUUCACAUGAUAGAGUUCCUCUAACCAGGGAUAACAAAUUUGGCUCUUUCUUUGGACCAUCUAAGCCGGUGAUUUCUCGACGAGUGAUUGAAGAAAGAAAGUCAUUGAAAGAACUGCAUAGCACAGUCUCAAGAGAUCCAAGGCCUUCUGUAGUACAUAGGGAUAUGCCAUCCUCCUCUAAAGUUCAAAAUAGAGUAAAUGGACAUCAGCAUAAACCAAAGAUAGUUAAUGAGCUGCAAUUUGCAGGUAAAGAAGAAGGCUGAAGCUCUUAAGGAUAACCGGGAUUAUUCAUUUCUACUCUCAGAUGAUGCUGACCUUUCGUCCUCUCCAAAGGAGAAACCUUCAGCUAGAUCUUCCUUGUCUCAAAAGGCUGGUAAGAAAAGUUUGAACUUUAAUUUCAUUAAACAAGGUCUACCCUGUUUCUGUGACAGGGAAUGCUGAUUGUUGGUUUCUUGAUAUUGAAGACCGCGAGGUGAUGCAUUCAGCCGCAAAGAGCAAGGCACCAACAAGUCAAUCUGCACGGCUAUCAAAUGGAUAUGGAUCUAAGAACACAUUGUCAACCCAAAGACAUGCUGAAGGUAGGGUAGAUUCCACAAGAAAGGAGGCUUUCUCAAAUAGGGAAAGGGUGGUUUCACGUGACAGUGAGAGGAUGCAUGGUAUUGUUAGAAAUGGAUCCAACCAGGCAAGUACUAGCAAAAUUACAAGCCAAAAGCUUCCAACCAAGGGUCCUAUUGCUAAUAGGCAUCUCUCAAAGGAUUUGAAUGAUCCAGCUCUGAGGAAGGGCAGUGUAGCCUCGAGGCAUGAGAUUGACAGGCCAAAAUCCUCGCAAAGUCAGAGGAUGCAGUCAGCUGUUCAGAGACCACAGCUUUCUUCCCAUGGUCAGAGGCCACAUCAAUCGGUGCAGCAGAGGCCACAACCGUCAUUGCCGAAUAGAAGACCACAGCAGGUGUCGCAGGGUCGGAAGCCACAACAAUCAUUGCAGAGUCAAAAGACGCAGCAGUCAUUGCAGAGUCAAAGACCGCAGCAGUCUUUACAUGUUCAGAAAUUGCAAUCUUCACAAACUCACAGACCUCAGUUGCAAAAUAACAGGUCUCAGUCUAUGCAAGGGCAAAGGCCUCUUUCUUCGCAGGGUCAAUACUCGGAGCAAAGAAGAGUUCAGGCAAAUGAUAGAGUAAAACAAGUAGAAAGGCAAAUUCGACCUCCUUCGAAACCCAUGCCAUCUCGGCCUAUCUCUUCCAAUGGAAUACGUGAUGAUCAUGCAAAGAGAAAGCAAGUGGCGAAAAGAAGAUUUGAUGAAGAUGAAGAUGAAGAUGAGGAGAACCCUUUUGCCAUUAUCAGAAAUAUGUUCGGGUAUGAUCCUAGAAAAUAUGUUGGCAGAGAUGAGGAUGAUAGUGACAUGGAAGCAGAUUUUGCUACUAUAGAGAGGGAAGAGAAAAGAAGUGCAAGGAUUGCUAGGCAGGAGGACGAUGAGCAACUCCGCCUGAUUGAGGAGGAAGAGAGACAUGAGCAGGAGAGGAAGAGGCGAAAGAUGGCGGCACGGGGUCGAUAGUAACCGAGAGUGGCUCCUAUACACUUCACCUUUGGACAUCACUCGGAGGCCUUGUCGCCUGAAGACAAGCCAUGGUCAAUCAGACCGCCACUUGGCGGGCAAUUCUGAUGGACUGGUGCGUUGCAAACAACAACCUCAAGCGUUGCCGUGAGGAUUCACAGGAAACAAAUCAAUCAAGAAAACCGGCAGGUGAGCAACGCAGGGCGUCUUGGCAAAAUGUUAGUCGUAGUGGUUCCUGAACCUGACAUGGACCUUAUCUAAACUCAGCGUCCCAUCGAAUUGGACUGCAUGAUUUCUUCUGACCACACUGAUUCAUCUUGUGAGCCUCCAAAGGAUGCCUAAUUCAAAUUGUUGAAUUUGUUUGGGUGUAGCAGUUGUGUAAUAAACGAUAUGUUCCAAUUCAAAUACAAAUUUUGCACAUCAGGUCAGCCGAGCAUUUGCUUUUCUGGCAGCCUACUCUGGAGAUGAGGGGAAUGAGGGUGCUGCCUCUGGUGUCUCCCGGUCUGGUCGAGAGCCAAUCAGAUGCUUCGAGCUGUUUCCUUUGCGGAACGCCUCCGGGACUCGAAUACGGAGACCUGCAGGCUACAUUGAUGAGCGACGGAGGUGUUAAGAGUUGUUGUUCGUCUCCAAUAAGGUUUGGCUGACGACAGCAAGGAAGCUGCAGAAUAAAAAGGUCACGGCCCGAUAAGGACUCCCGACGUAUCUCUCCUGCCGUCGUCAACCUCGAAGCCUCACGUACGGGUCACGAGUCGAGUCGCCGACAUGGCAGGCGUAGUGGAGAGACCGAGCGGAGGGGGAGACGACGCGGAAGGCAACUACCCGGUGGGGUUCCGGUUCAAGCCGACGCUCCGGGAGCUCGUGGAGUUCUACCUCCUCCCCAAGCUGCUGGACAAGCCGACCGUGCCCAACGACGCCGUCAUCGAGGCGGACGCGUACGAGUGCCACCCGGAGAUACUCACCAGAAGGUACGAGGAGAGGGGCGCGGACGACAACUGGUACUUCCUGUCGCCGAGGAACCGCAGGUACCCCGGAGGGGACAGGCCGUCGCGGCGCACGGCCGACAACCGCGGCCGGUGGAAGCCGUCGACGGGCCAGUCGAAGCCGGGGGCCAAGGCGAACAAGGGUCCCAGGAAGAACCUCAGCGUCGGCGCGAUCGAGUUCACCGAGAACACCCUCGCCUACUACGUGGGCGAGGCCAAGAACGAGAACGAGACCAAGACCAAGUGGCUGAUGCACGAGCUGACCGUCCCGGAGCUCGACAAGGAGAAAGCUCCCGAGAGCGCGGCCGCUGAACAGCCCAGAGACAACAUGCUGUUGAACAGGUACGUCAUGUGUAGGAUUUACAAGAGCCCGUUGAAAAAAUGGAGAGAGGCCGAGGACGAGGAGGGCAGCACCAGCUCCGCCUCCGCCCCCGCGUGCGACGAGCCGGCGCCAACUUCGUUGCAGCCCGGGCCGGCGCCGGAGACCGUCGCGGAGACAUCCUCGGCGCGGGCGACGUCGAGCAAGAGCGCGGGCAAGAGGCAAGCCGUGGAGCAGCCGAGCGGGCACGCCGCCAACGCGCCGAACAAGCGGGCUUCGUCCCAGCGGAGGAUGCCAGUAAUGCCACCGGGACCGCCACGGCCCACGACGCACGCGAACGGCGGCGGCAUGCGAGUGCCGCCGGCCGGAGCCGGAGCAGCAGGCUACUACCACAGCGUACCAGGGCUGCCCCCGCUGCUGCAAUGGCCGCCGCCGCCGAUGUACAACAGCAUGCAGGGACCAGUGCAGCUGCAGCGGCCGCCGUUGACGUACGUGCCCAACGGGCAGAGGCCGCCGGUGUUGAGGUUAUGCCCGCCGCACCGGGCCGCCGCUGCAGCCGCCCCCAACUCUGUUGGUCGGACGGUGAUGAUGCGUCCACCGAACCUAGCAGCCAGCCAGCCGAACCGGCCGCCGCCGCCCUUCCCGCGCCCACCACCAGGGCAGCAGCUGCGGUCGCAGCAGCAGAUGGAGGACAUGAAAGCGCACGAAGAGCGAGUGCUGUGGCAGCUGCUAGCUGAACUGAAAUCACCGCGAGGCAGCGCGUCUUUCGCAGGGCAGCAACAUGUCAGGCCGACGGCGUCCACGCAGCCAGCAUGCUUCGACGAGAGUGCCAAUCUCCGUCAUCCUGCGGGAGCAGAAGCCAUGGUCCCUCGCACCCAGUUUCCUGCGCCUCACAACUUCUACCCUUGCAGCGGCUUCAAGCAGCAGCAGCAGCAAUCUAGUAGUCCGGCGGCUAUCCCAGCUGCCACUGUCCCUCCUGGCGCCGCUGGGCCAGUUAAUGUAGAGGCGACGCCGGCGGCUGCCGACGCGCCCGGUAAGCUGUCGGUGCCAGGAGAUGCGAACGAAGAAAGCGCCAAGGGAGACUGCUACGGCUAUGGCAAUCAACUUUUUGAAGAUUUCUUCGCCGAUUUGGCCCCUCUGAAGAAUUGAAGAUAUUGGGGAUGUCUAUAUCACAUCCGGACUUUUUUUUUCCUUCUCCAAUUUUUUUUUUUUGAAAAUGCUAUGUAUCCCCUCAAAUAAAGCCAGAUUUGAGGCUUUGCGCGUCGCUCAGAUGUCUCCACUUAUCUUCCUCUGUAUCCUUUCUUUAAAAAGAAUAUUUCAUUCUAGUCA